AGAAUGAGGAGUGACUGUAAAAGCUGUGAAAAAUGGAAAGAGCAAAUGUACUGGUCACAAGUCCAAGUGAUUCAGUUUUUUCAGAUUCUUUCUAGAAUUUUUGAUCAACGGUUGGUCAUACCCCAGAGAAUUGCCAAGCAUUUGAAGGAAAAGCUAGAAUCUUAUGUAAGGCUUACAGGUCCAAGUGGUUCAACUUGGAAGGUAGGAUUGACUGCAAUUGGAGAAACAUUAAUCCUCAAACAUGGGUGGAAGGAAUUUGUGGAUGCCCAUUCCCUUAAGGUCAGUGACUUACUAAUAUUUAAGUACACUGGAGACUCACACUUUGAUGUUUCAGUGUUCGAUAGUCAAAGCUCGUGUGAGAAAGAAGCUUCAUUUUUCAUAAAAAAAUGUGAGCACGCUGAUGUUGCAAGUGGAAGCAGGGCAAAGAGGCCCAUAGCAGUAACCAAUGAUACAACUAAUGAUGUGUCUGAGGCCACAGGUAAAUCUUUUCCUCAUGAGGAGUGUGACGCCCCUGCAACAAAGAAAUUUAAGGCAUCGGCUCCAACAUCUCAUGUGCACACUAGCAAAUCUUCUUCACAUUAUGAGUCUGAGGCCUUGCAAACUAGCGAAUCUUCUUCAGAUGAGGAUUAUGAGUCUGACUCCUCGCAAACUACUGAAAGAAGGACACGUAGCAAAUCUAGUGCACAGGUUCCUCGUCGAGCUAAUGCCAAUCUGCGGUCUAGGAAAAUCAAAAGUACAAGUACUAGAGUUGGUGGGGAUACAUAUACCAAACAUAAGGCAUUAGAAUCGGCAAAGGCUGCUACAACAGCAAACAGUUGUGUAGUGGUUAUGCACCGCUCGCAUGUUAAGGGAACGUAUUACAUGACAGUUCCUAUAGAUUGGGCAAGGCUCCAUCUCCCGCACAAGGACAUAGAUGUAGUUCUUCGGUAUGAUGAGCGCACGUCGAAGGCAAAACUCACUGUCACAGAUCGUGGUUUUGCACUAACUGGUGAUUGGAAAAAAUUUGCCAUCAAAAAUCACCUUAACAUAUCUGAUGUGUGCGUGUUCAACCUUGCCAGCGGAGAAAAUGAAGACACAAUAAUCUUGGAUGUUAGCAUAUUUCGUGAAGAAUGAUGUACCUUAUUAUUUCACCUGCUAUGAGCGCAUAUAUUGAGUAGAAU